CUGAAACCGUUUACAAAUAUGUCGACGCUCUGAAGCGACCCGAUGGCUAACGUGGCUAACGUACGCCCUCCAGCAUCUAAUUUGUGUCAAUUUACAUGUAUAUUAUUGUUUGUUUUCCUCUCCAGUGCCAGUAGCAUUCUCGUUUUUCAGCCGUCCUACAUCAUUGCAACUGGACCCAGUAUCACGGCAUUGUUGCUUGGGAAGGUGUCUGACAUUUCUCUGAAACUAAGGACAGUAUCUGCAUCCAAUACAACAGGAAGCUUUUCUUCACCAUCAUGUGUAGCUGGGCCAACACAAUGGGCUCUUACAGGGGAACCUGUGGGAAAGACUGCGAUUCGAGUCCAGCUGAGACUAAAUCAAAGCCUGUAUUUGUGUGGUGAUAAUGAGACAGACACAGACUGCUGUCCAGGGCCACUUUGUGUUCUGGAGACCCUUCAGCUGUCUGCCUGUAGGGGGGCCACACCUCAGGCAUCACUGCUUAUCCAGGCCAAGAUCUAUGCCCUGUUUCCUCCCGCCAGCCCUGAAUCUGAUAAUAAAACCGUAAUUCCUAAUCAAGUGUACCAACCACUGGGUCCCUGUCCUUGUGAUCUCACAGUCAGAGCAUGUGAUGUACGCUGUUGCUGUGACAAGGACUGUUCCCCGGAGGAUUUGAAGCUGUUUGAGUCCCACUGUCUCCCAGGGCCUUUCGGUGGUCAACUUGCUCCUGCUCCUGACUAUCAGUGCUCUGCGCAGUCCUUUGAAAAUGCCCCGGAUUGGUUUCCAUUUUUAUGUGUCAACUCUCCACCUGAGAACAACCCUUACCUUGGUCUCUUUUACCAGGGAGACACCAUUACACCAAAGCCUCGCUCAUCCUUCCAAAGCCCUGUAUUGUCAGCACCAGUGUCACCUAACCUCUACACCCAAGGAAGCCCCAUUUUCACUUUAAAUGAUCAGUACUUCACUAUACCGCAGAAUUCCCUCAUCGGACAGUGUGUACACAAUGCUCCUGUGGCAUUUUUGAAAAACUUCGAUGUCAAGUGUACAACCCUGCUCCGCUCCUGCCCAAAUAGGCCUCCUUUACAGACAUCAGGAGAUGAUUUGAGGGUUCAAGUGAACGAUGGCCAAGGAGGUGUGGUCACAGUGGAUGUGGUAGAUGAAGUGGCCAUUGACUUGAGUCAGUUUAUCACAAGCACAGAUGUGGUUUCCUCUCCAGACGAGGGGCAGAUAUGUGAGAAUGUGACUUUGGCCUUGGACUACAGAUUUUUUUGGAAAGGAAAUGGGAUCACAAACAUCAUAUUAACACGCACUGUUGGGACUAUCACUUUGAAUGGUAGUGGAGUGACGCUAACAGCUAAGUAUUCUGCUGUGUUUCUAAAUGGAGAUUUCACAGGUGAAUCGAACUCAGGGAACCCAGGAUAUCAGGUGGGAAGGCCUGUUAUUGCUGGGUUUGUGGAUACUGGGGAGAAUAAUACCGCAUCUAUUGAGAGGACUUCAAUUAAUCUUUGGAAACCAGUGAGUGAUGGACUCUGUUCAACUGCUGUGAAGCAACCAGUCCUGUUUGGAGAGAAUUCAACAGCAGGAUGCCUGCUACCUGUCAGCCUGCAGAAUCUGACUCAGUGUAACCUCCUGAGAGAGACUGUUACUUCUCUCCAGGCUUCCUUGAUUACAGCAGUGUAUGUGGCUAAGAAUGGAGACCCAGAUGCUCAAAACAUGGGAGACUGGGUGAACAUAAGCUUUGUGACACUGAAUUCAAGCAAGUCUAUGGAAGACACCAACAGUUCAUGUUUUGGGAUUCCAUACCAUCAACACAUCCAUAUUUGGAGUUUUACCACAAGCAUGAUAGAUGGUGUACCUCAAAGGGAGAUCCACGCUCUGCAGAUCAGUUAUAGUUUGUCUUCUUGGGGCCUGGACUGCGGAGGAGGUGACUCUUCUUCAUGUAUGGACCAGAUGGAGGGUCAGUUGUUCCCUGUCACCUCUUCUGUCACCUUUACUGACAUCGCUGUCAACACAGGACCGCCCAAAACCAGGUUUCAAAUCAACUUUACAGAGUACGACUGUGACAGGAAUGAUGUGUGCUGGCCAGAGCUGGCCUUUCCCAUCACCAGGUAUUACACAGGUGAGCCACAAUCCCAGUCUCUGGCCAAGGGCCUCAUCUUGGUUUUCUUCUUUCUCGCUGCCUCAGUUCUUGGAACUCCAUGGAGACAAAUUCGACAGGCAUGGAGCAGCACCUAUCUCUGACAUCCAGGUCAAUGAGGAAGGCUGAUAAAAUAUGUAGCACAACAUCCAGAUUGCUCUAUAGUGAGAUGUUCAUGUUCUAGUUCUGCUUUGGCAAAAUGAUAUGCUGAAGUGUCACUGAAAUGUACAUGCUUAUUUUAUGUUUGAGAGUGUAAAUAAUGAUUAAGUUAACAAUUGUGGUGCAACAUUUUGUAAUAAAACAUUUUUCAUUCUA